AUGUCCAACAACGAGAAUGGCAGAGAAUAUCAACAUAGCUUUGAUACAACUCUUGAUAAUGCAAACCCUGGCAAGUGUGGGCAAAGCUCCGCAUUAGAGCUGGGACCUAGGAAAAAACUAGGACACAAGGAACAACUUGUCUUUUUGGAUUUGCUCAAACUAGUAGUCGGGCUUGAAAAACAUUUGAUGAGGGAAGACUCUUCUGAGGAGGAAAUAAUCCACAUUGCAGACAUGUUUCAGAAGGGAGCCAACAGAGCUAGGGCAGAUAACACCAAAGGGUUAGACUGGUCCAAUACCGAGAUCAAAAGUAAACUUAUGAAUGUUCAAACUUAUGUUUCCGCUGAUCAAUGGCCAAUUGUGCUAUAUGCCAACUACCAGUAUAACAUCAAGGAUCCUUGGAAUGGCCUGCUAAGAAGCAGCCUACUUGUUAAUGCUUUUAAACGCAUUUUUACUUCACCCAGUUCCAUCAACCAAGAGCCUAAAGCAACACACUCUGGUAACACCCAAAUACAUAGUAUGCAAGCCAUAACAAAGGCUUUUAUUGCAUAUGUGGCUAUGAAAGUUUAUUUUGCUCUCAUGUCCGCUCAAGUCUUCUCGUGCACAGAUCUUGUGACUGAUUCUGAAUGA